AUGUAGGAGGUUGCAAGUGAAAGAUAUAGCUGUCACACAGAGCCACUGAUAAUCAAGUUCUGGUCUGUCCAUUAUAAAUAGCUCAGUGGAACGUCCUCCACGACUCGACCGCGAAACCCAACGACCGAACGAAAUUCGAAUCAAAAGUCGAUAAUCAUGGCACCGUUCCUCGAAUCCGUCAGGUCCUUCGCCGAUGUCCCCAUCACCGCAGAUGGAGUUGACACUCUCGCGUUCCUCGAAGCCUCUGAGGGGGUUGUCAAGCUGUUCAAACUCCUCGAGAACCCCGCGUUCAAGCCCGUCGUGGACGAUCUCGAAGGGAAUAUCACUAAAGUCCGCACCCGGUACAACUCUCAUCCCUCUCAAUCCUCCACCCUGGAACUCCUCCUCUUCACCGAACACACCACCGAAAAAAAGCAACCCGCGUCAGGAGGUCUCAUGUGGCUCCUCCGCGGAUUAGCGUUCACCUUCCGGGCUUUACAAGCAGCUCAAACCAACAUCCAAACGAAGCUGUCCGAAGCAUUCACGGAAGGCUAUGAGAAGACCUUGAAGGGUUAUCAUAAUUUUGUGGUCAAAGGGAUUUUUGCGGUCGCAAUGACAGCCUGUCCCUACCGUAAGACCUUUUACGAUAAGCUUGCAUCAGAUCCAGCGGGUGGGCCACCGGUCCCAGCCGACAAGCUGAGCGAAGAGCUGAACGUAUGGCUUACUGCGCUGGAGAAGAUCCUGGUAAGGAUGAAGAAAGUGUAUGAGGAAAAGAAAUAUGGAGACGUGAGGAUGUGACUUUGUCCCUCCCCUCGUGCUCGUCAGGCUUGGGUUGAACGUGGUGCGAGGUGAUGAAGUGCACAGUGGUGGGAUGGAGGUCUCCGGAAAAGGAAUUUGUGUACAUUUGGACCAAGAUUCGGGAUAGAGGGCGUAUAACACCCAUGUAAGCUUUCGUUAUAUUGUAGAUGGCUGCA